AUGAGACUAAACGCCUAUGAGUCCUCUAGAAUUUAUAAGCAAAAGAUGAAGGCGUAUCAUGACAAGAAAUUGCAGAGACAAGACUUCCAGCCAGGCCAACAAGUUUUCCUCUUUAACUUCAGGCUUAGAUUAUUCCCAGGAAAGCUGAAAUCAAAGUGGUCAGGGCCAUUUGUGAUUAAAGAAGUGAGACCUCAUGGAGCAGUCGAAUUGAUGGACCCUACAGGAGACAACCGUGAGGGGAGAUGGAUAGUCAUUGGACAACGUUUGAAAAUCUAUAAUGCCGAACAAUUGGAGAGGUUGACAAGCAUUGACUACCUAAAGGACCCUUGA